UCAAGGUUCCACCAGACGCCGUCUCAAUAAGCCCAGCAGCAGCCGCAUCUUACCCAUGGCCUUCGUGCUCUCUCUAUUGAUGGCCCUGGUGCUGGUCAGCUAUGGCCCUGGAGGAUCCUUGGGCUGUGAUCUGUCUCAGAACCACGUGCUGGUUGGCAGGCAGAACCUCAGGCUCCUGGGCCAAAUGAGGAGACUCUCCCCUCGCUUCUGUCUGCAGGACAGAAAAGACUUCGCUUUCCCUCAGGAGAUGGUGGAGGGCGGCCAGCUCCAGGAGGCCCAGGCCAUCUCUGUGCUCCACGAGAUGCUCCAGCAGAGCUUCAACCUCUUCCACACAGAGCGCUCCUCUGCUGCCUGGGACACCACCCUCCUGGAGCAGCUCUGCACUGGACUCCAUCAGCAGCUGGAUGACCUGGACACCUGCCUGGGGCAGGUGAUGGGAGAGGAAGACUCUGUCCUGGGACAGACAGGACCCACACUGGCCAUGAAGAGGUACUUCCAGGGCAUACAUGUCUACCUGAAAGAGAAGGAAUACAAUGACUGUGCUUGGGAAAUCAUCAGAGUGGAAAUCAUGAGAUCCUUGUCUUCAUCAACCAACUUGCAAGAAAGGUUAAGAAUGAUGGAUGGAGACCUGAGCUCACCUUGACAUGACUCUCACUGACUAAGUUGACACAUCAUCCUUGUAUACUCACCUGGGGUCAUUUCAGAAGCCUCUGAAUUCUGCUUCAGCCUCCAAAUUUAUUGAAUGAACUCAGCCAAUACAUGUCAGUAGUAAUAAGCAAGUACAUAUAAAAGUAAUCACGUGUAGGGAUAUCAACCCAUAAGCGAUGACUGCCCUGAUGUUAUUUAUUUAUUAUUUAG